AUGGCGUCUUCUAAAGCAUCGAAUGCCGGAAGUAGCUACCAGGAGCAGAGAGAGCAGAAGGUUCUUGAUGUCAUAUUUCUCUGUGACGAAUGGAAAUCUUCAAAGGGUGGAUUGUCAACUUUCAAUCGAGAAUUUGCCAUUAAUUUGGCACAAGCGACGACUGGUAGCAUGAAAAUCCACUGCUAUGUCUCUAAUAGCGAUGAUCGGGACAGAGAAGAUGCUAAACAACAUGGUGUCAAUUUAAUCAUAGCUCAAAGUGUUCCUGGUUCAGCCGACCCCCUCGAGUGCUUGAAGUUUCCACCCUCGCAGCUCCCAAACCCACAUCUGGUGAUAGGCCAUGGAAGAAAGCUGGGUAGUCCUGCAUAUUUCCUAGCACGGUCUACAAAGUGUAAAUGGAUCCAAUUUGUUCACGUCUACUGCGAGGAUCUUGGGAAAUAUAAAGAAUCUGCCACGGCUGCAGAAGAUACAAUCCAAGAGAACGAGAAGAAGCACAAGAUGGAAAUCGAGUUGUGUAAAGCAGCGGAUGCAGUUGUUGCCGUUGGCUCCCGUCUACAGCAGAAGUACAGCAGACGUCUCCUUAAUGUUGAAGUGAAGAUUAUCACUCCUGGGAUCUUUGGAAAGUUUUCCAAUGAAUCAAAAUUGGUUGUAGACAGAUCGGUAGUAAAGAAUUUUAAUGUGUCUUUGUGUGGCCGAGCUGCCUUUGAGGAUCUUUCCCUGAAAGGCUAUGAUGUAGUUGCAAAUGCCAUUGGUUCUCUUGGUAAGAACUUUGAGUUGACAUUUGUCGGCUCAUCUCCCGGUGAACAACGAAAAGUUGAGCAAUGGUUUCUUGACAACACGUGCAUCAACCGCAAACAACUAACCAUCCGUCAAUAUUGCAGUGAACAAGAGGAACUCAAGGUGAUGUUCUAUCAGUCAGAUUUGGUUGCUCUGCCAUCCCGUACCGAAGGAUUUGGGCUUGUUGCCCUUGAGGCCAUUUCUGCUGGUGUUCCUGUACUUGUCUCUGGCGAAUCUGGCAUAGCUGAGGCUUUGCAAAAAGUAGAAGGUGGAAACACUGUCAUUGUUGGAUCAGGUGAAGAUAAAGAUGAAUGGGCACGAAGGAUCAGAGAGAUGUAUGAAGAAAGUGCAGAAGAGAGAGAAGCCAAUGCCGUGAAGCUUCGCGAGAACUACAGAAAGGUUUACUCUUGGAAAGCAGAAUGUGAGAGGUUUAAAGGGCUGAUUGACAAUGUUGUGAAAACUGAAUAUGGUGGUGAAAUGAAUAUUAAGGUUGAUGUGAAUUACUUGAAACCUAAAGAACAGAAUAUGCAGACUGGCAUGUUGGCAACAGAGACUGUCAGAUGCCAAGAGGUUAUACUGCCAAGGGUAUCUGCUACAUCAGCUGCAUCUGGAAGUGCAUCUUGUCCACAAACAGAAGAUCUCCACACUCAUAAAGAGGAAAUCUUUCUAUCAAUUAUUUUAAAUUAUUUCAAUGCCAUAAAGCCACAGUCUAUUGAAGAGUUCAAUAGGUUUAUGGAAUAUGCAGAAAAAAUGAGGUUCAUCAUUACUGGUGUCUCUAAAGGAAGUUUGGUGAUAACGGUGAGGUGUGAAUCUCUAAUGAUCUUGGAGGACUUGUGGACAGAUUACUCAUCUGGUCAUCUUGAUGAAGUGGUUCAGAAUUGUUUUGUAACUGAGGAGAUCUUGAAGGAACUGAACCUGGCUGAGCUGAGGCUGAAGACAACAAUAGACAUAGAAGAGUACAAUGGAUGCAAAAUGUUCUUUGAGAAAGAUGCACUUAGAGCUGAAAACAACAAUGGACAUAGAAGAGAACAAUGCAUAUACAAACUGUACUUUCUUGAGAAGGAUGUACUCAGAGGUGCCUCAUCUUCUGGAUUCCACUCCAUAAGUUCAACCAGUGAAGGUCCACAAAAUCAAGGAGAGCUGAAAAAACGGAAACAGAAGACAAAGAUUUUUGAGAGAAAGAAAAUGAAAGGCAUGUUGCCUCUCCCUGGUUCUUCCACCUUUGAUCCUGAAAAAGAACUAGCAGAGCAACAAAUGAAACUUCAAAGAAUGGAAGGUUCUUCAUCUCCCCCUCUUCUCUCCACCACUGAUCUUGAAGAAAAGCUGAGGAGAGUAUGUGUGAACCUUAAGAUGCUUAGAGUGGAAGGUGGUUUUGAUCUUGAGGAAAAACUAGAUGAACUAUACAUGGAGUUUCAGAGGCUCAGAAUGGAAGGUACUUUGCCUCCUCCUGAACUCUUUACUGCUGAUCUUGAAGUUGAACUUAAAGUACUACGUUCAAAACUUAACAGAGUCAGAAUGAAAGGUAGCUCACAUCCCCUUGUUUCCACCAUUCAAGUAGAACUCGGCGAACUACUCAAGCAACUUCAGAAAUGGAGGAAGGAAGGUUACACCAUGGAAAAGGCUUCCGAAAGCGAAACAGGUGGAGAAGCCAUAGAACAUUUUUCAGCUCGGCCGUACCAAGUGGAACUUCUAGAGCGGGCGAAGGAAAGGAACACCAUCGUAUGUCUGGGCACGGGAACUGGCAAAACGUUUAUAAGUGUCAUGCUCAUAAAAGAACUCGCUCAUGAAGUAAGAGGAAACUAUAAAGACGGCGGGCAAAGAACUUUCUUCCUUGUAAAUACAGUUCCACUGGCCAGCCAACAAGCAAAAGCGAUCGCUAAUCAUACAGACUUGAAAGUCAAACAUUACGUUGGAGAGAUGGGAGUAGAUUACUGGGACAAGCCCACUUGGGAAAACGAGUUCAAUACAAGCAACGUUCUGGUCAUGACAGCUCAAAUAUUCCUCGACCUUCUGUUGCAUAGCUACAUACUUCUCUCGCAAGUGAAUCUCUUGAUCUUUGAUGAAUGCCACCGUGCCAAGAAGAAUGAUCCUUACAGACAGAUAAUGCAGUGCUUCAGCGAUUGCCCACAGCGCCCAUUACCCAAAAUUAUGGGUUUAACUGCCUCGAUAGUAAAUGGAAAGGUAAAACCUUAUAAAAUUGAAUCGGAGAUCCAAGAGCUGGAACGCACAUUAAGAUCUACAUGCGAAACAAGUCAAGACGAAGAUGUUGAAAAAUAUGCUGCUAAACCCGAAGAACUGGUCCUUGUUUACAAGAGCCAGAGCACUGAUGAAAAUGUAAACAUUUUGAUCCAAAUCCUGUCAGAUGUCUUAAAACCAGGAAUUGGUUUUCUCCGCGACUGUCGGGUGUCCGAAAUUGACGAGAAUGCACACUGGUACGCGAAGUUCGCUCUGAGAGAGUGUAAGGAGACAUUGGAUGAACUGGGCCCUUGGGCUGCUUUUAAAGUAGCAGAAUACCUAAUCAAGGAUCUAGACAGAGCAUGCAAGGUUCAAAGCAGCAAACAAGGGCGAUUGUUUUACGAGUUUAGUGCCACCCAGCUGCUUCAACUGCGGGGCAUUUAUUGUAAUUUUACUGAAAGUGAUGGGUCUGAGGACAGUGGACAUUGUUACUUCAUGCCUAAACUUCAAACACUUCUGAGUGUUUUCAGAGAAUUUGCUAACUCACAGCAUGCAUCUGAAGAGGAGAAGACCCUCUGUGCCAUUGUGUUUGUUGAAAGACGAUACACAGCACUAAUCCUCAGCAAACAGCUUAACAAGGCAGCCGAACUAGAUCAUGAGCUCUCAUUCAUCAAAAGUGACUUUGUGAUUGGUCACGGCACAGGUGCAAGGGUUAGCUACUCCAGUAACACAGAGAUGAAUUUUAAGAAACAGGAGGAAGUGCUGCGCAAGUUCAGAAAUGACAAGAAAAGACAUGAAUUCAAUGUGCUGAUAGCCACCUCUGUUGUUGAGGAGGGAUUAGAUAUUCCCAAGUGCAAUGUUGUCUGCAGGUUUGAUUUCCCAAAGAAUUAUCGUUCCUAUGUACAGUCAAAGGGCAGAGCUCGUGCCAAAGGUUCCAAGUACUACAUGCUGGUGGAUGAAAAGGAGCAAGUGGAAAAAGAGAAUGAAUUGGAGAUGUUGCGUGCUAUUGAGGAAAUCUUGUUGGAAAGAUGCCAUGAUCGGCUGGAGCCAUCAGUGGAGGAGUGUAAUGAGUCAGUAGACACAGAUUUACUGCCACCGUACAUACCAGUAAAUGGAAAGGGAGCAAGAGUAACAAUGACCAGUAGUGUUGCUCUACUUUCAAAGUACUGUUCAAAGCUCCCAGGAGACCGUUUUACUCAGCCCAAGCCAGUUUACAAGGUUGAGGAAAUUGGGAAAUAUCUUUACAGGUGUAAACUAACACUCCCAAUAAACUGUCAACUACGUGAUGAUAUAAUAGGUGAACCAAUGCUGAGUAAGAACCAAGCCAAGAUGGCAGCCGCGCUCAAAGCCUGUGAACUGCUUCACAAGAUUGGUGAGCUUGAUGAUGACCUGUUACCAAAGCGGACUUUAUCUGACGAGGAAAGUGAUUUGGAAGAAGAAGCAGCAGCUGAGUCCGGCGGAAAAAAACCAAAAGCUGGAACAAAGAAGAGAAGACGACGGUACAAGAGAAAGGUUCCUGAAGCAUUUGUCGGCAGCUUGGUACAGGAAGGUCAGCCUCAGUUCCUCACGACCAUCACCAUACAAGUCACUAAACUUACUCAGCCACAAGAGUUUGUCGUUAGUGAGCGGCUGUUCCUCAAUGAAACUUGCACGUUUGGAAUGCUGACAACGAAAAGAAUUCCUUGGAUACGAUCGUUCAAACUGUAUCCUAACUAUGGCGAAGUCACGGUAUCCUUGCAGUGUCACAGAUCUCCUUUGCGUGUAAACAUCACUAAACAAGAGUUGGACAUUCUUCGCGAUUUUCAUCUCUUUCUCUUCACUCACGUUCUACGCUCUCCUGUGGAAUUCGUGCCAGGAAGUGUGGAUGGUUACUUCAUUGUUAUGUUGAAGGCUUCAGGAAGGAGUAUUGACUUUGAUCGCAUGAGAGAGGAGCUUUCGCAUUCACCCAAACAAAGCCGUGUAAAUCAGCCCAUCGUCGUAGACUUAGCGGUAACAAAAAACUACGUUGAAUCUCCACAAAAGUAUGCUGUUUUGAAAAUUCGUGGCGAUCUGACUCCGAUGUCUCCGUUCCCGGAAAAGUCGCAGGGUAACACUUAUGAAGAAUAUUUUCGCCUGAAAUACGGAGAAAGGGGAUGCAUUGCGAACAAGCAUCAACCACUUGUCGAAGUGAAAGAGCUCUCCGCUAGAGUGAAUUUUCUAGUAGACCGAAAACAAGGAACAAAAAACAAGCGCGGUGUGAUUUGUCUUGUUCCAGAGUUGUGUGACCAGAUUCCCAUUCGCGCUUCUCUUCUUAGCGUGUCUCAGAUUCUACCAUCUAUUCUUCAGCGUAUCAACUCCCUCCUUCUCGUUGCUGAUCUCAAGGCCAUGGUUGCUGAUGUACGCGACACAACAGAUGAAUCAAUUUUCCCUCCCAUUGGAGCUGAAGAGGGCUCAAGAGAGGCGUCCAUGGAGGUUGAAGGCGAUGCUUUGGACCUGGAAGACGAGGAUGCACUUUUCUCCGACAUCAGGUCAAUGUUCCGUUACAGUCCACCAUCUGCUAACCACCCCGACUCCUUUCUCGUUCUUCAAGCUAUUACCACCACCCACAGCGUAGAUGCAUUUAAUCUGGAGAGGCUGGAGAUGCUUGGGGACUCAUUUCUGAAGCUGGCCGUGUCCAUUCAUCUCUUCUGCACAUACAGCGAUAAAGACGAAGGCAAGCUGACCCGGCGUAAGAAAAACCAGAUUAGUAAUUUAGCGUUGUACCGAGCAGCGGCCAAGAAAUCUCUGGGCGAGUAUCUCCAGAGCACGCAGUUGGCUCGCAACGUUUGGUGUCCUACGGGAUGUCAGUUUGGCGACGUACCACCGAAUCGCACCACAGGUAGCCCAGCCAUGGAAGUUGACAGCGGGGACACAGUCGAGGCAAUGGAAGUUGACGAGACCUUAGAGAGGGGAAAGGAGACAAAACUUACUGCUACAGAGCAUGCGCGCCAGAAAUGCAACACUCAAAAGAUUGCGGACAAGUCCAUAGCUGACAGCAUCGAAGGACUGAUCGGAGCGUAUUUAAUAUCCUGUGGUUACCUUGGUGCGUUGCGAUUUAUGAAGUUUCUGGGGCUAAAAGUUUUACCUGAAAUUGGCACCAACGACGGCAAUGAUUUGCAGGCGGAGAAUAGCAAAUCGGGUUGCUAUGCUAGAUUUUGGCCAGAUCAGACAAAAAUAACAGUUGCGCAAGGUAAAGGAGAUAUGGUUUUCCGCCUCACUUCUGGCCUGGAAAACUUUGAAAACGAAUCAAUCUCGUACACUUUCCAACAAAAGUUGUAUUUGGUAGAGGCACUAACUCAUGCGUCUUACCACGAAAACCGUGUCACGCCAAGUUAUGAAAGACUCGAGUUCCUCGGCGAUGCCCUGCUGGACUUUUUGGUCACGCAACAUUUGUACUUCCGUCACGUCAACUUGUCACCUGGGGAACUGACCGAUAUACGACAGGCCUUGGUGAACAAUAACAUCUUUGCCACCCUUGCCGUAGAACACAACUACCACAAGUAUCUGAAGCAUAUGUCUCCAAAGUGGUUCCAAACAGUGAAGAACUUUAUUGACAGAGUGGAAGAUGAGGCAGAAGAGAGGAAAGAUAAUCAGCUUCAAACGGUCACCGCUGACCCAUUUAUUAUCGUGUCUGAAGAGGAAGAAGAAGGAAUCGAGGCGCCUAAAGUUCUUGGUGACAUCUUUGAAUCAGUAGCAGGCGCGAUAUUUUUGGACAGCGGUAUGGAUUUGACUAAAACCUGGGGUGUGUACUACCGCAUGAUGAAACCCUACAUCGACCAUUACUCGGUGAACAUACCGCGAAAUCCCGUCAGACAUGUCUACGAGAAAGACGAGAAGGCUGACUUUGGGAAAGCGAAGACCCUUGAAGAUGGUAAGAUCCAGUGCACUCUGAGAGUGCACUGGGGAGAGUACAAUGGGAAGGGACCGAACAUGAAGAUUGCUAAAGCUACAGCAGCCAAGCUCGCUAUUGAAGGGCUGAAAAAGAAAUACACUGCGGUAUACGAGGAAGAUUAAGACUCAGUGAAGGCUUGGAGGACAUCAGUGUUGCGGCAUGUUGAGGCAAAGGUGCUCUCUUAGAUUUGUGUUGUUGAGAUAAUGCUGUGGAACACUGUUACAGUAACAGGAAGUAAAUUUCUUUUGUGCCUAUGAUAAUAUUUGUACAUUAUCUUCCACAAUGAACAUCCCUUUCUAGGAGCCACGUUUAUGUAGGUGACGUACCUUGAAUGAAUGGGAGUCGUUUAAGAUUACUUUGUGUUACAAACGUCCCUUAAGUGUUGUGAUUGACUUUCUCAGACACCGAGGACAGUGUAGACAUUUGUCUAGAGACGUUUGCACUAUUAAUGCGGCUUUGAAAUAUUUUUUUAUCUACAAUUUGUCUUUUUGACAACUCUUGUUUUUAACUUGUGGGCGUCCCUAACAAUUCAAAAUAUUUUUUGUUUAUUUUUUAUCUAUUGAAUGACUCUAUUUUUCUAUUUUGUGGGCGCCAGGGCGUCGUUGCUAACAAUUUACGGAAAAUAGAGAAAAAUCGAAACAAACAAAAGAACAGUAAAAAAUAUCGCAAAAAAAAAAAUAAUAGAAAACUCUGACAGCAAUAACUAUGAAAGUUCACCAUAACAGCGCUUUGGUAUAUGAGUUUCUAAUUGAUGAAGAUAAAAUUUUAGUUUCCUAGGAAUCAGGCAUUUCCUUUUAAAGAUUUAUGUUUUUUACCAGUUUUAAGUGUGGCAAGAAGAGUACAUGUAAGAAUGCAAGAGCGAUUUUGGUAAUCGUGAUAUGUGUUGCAGUUGUAAAUAGUGUAGCUGAAAUGAAAUGGAAAGUCCUGUGUAAAAUAACUACACAUGAAUGAGAGAAUAAAGAAAAGCGCUGAUGUUACAUUCA